AUGUUUGCCAUGCAUAUUUUGUCGCGCUAGCCACCUUAUGUGUAUCGGAUUGGCGCCUUCGCUUGUUCCUUUUUUACAUUUUUCCAAUGCCUCUCUGCACAAUCGAUGACUUUGAGAGAGAGGUGUUAAUUCUAGAGACUGAUGAUCGCGAUUCUUACACCAAUGCGGAUAACCCUAACACACAAAGAGCCGAAAAGGGGCAUGAAUACGGGGUAUUCGUUUUUUAUCAAGCCGAUAUAGAUGGCGUUUGCGCUUUAUUUGUAUUGGAGCAUCAUAAGCUCCUAUGUCACGGUCUGAAGCUGACGAGUUAUCCCGUGCAAUGCGAAGCUGAUAUAUACAGCUUUAUUAAAAAGAACCUUAGUAUAAGAGCUGCUUACCCAGAUGUACAGUUUGAAUCUUAUCUACGGAUUGUUCUUUUGGGCGUCCACGGCUGGGAUCCACAGAUCCUGUAUGCCAUCAAGGUUCACUUUUCAAGUCUACUUCCAGACAACCGACGCAAGGAUAUGAAAAUAUGUGUAGUCCCUUGCACGAGACCUUUGAGUUACUAUAAUGUAUCGGUUGAUGCGGAUUGGUACUUUUUUGUGGCCAACGAGCAGGAUGUAUCUUUGGAACGAUCUAUUCAAGAUCGUGACAUCAUUGGUGGUAUAUAUUACUCAACAUCUGUAGCUGCGCUUAUCGCCUCUGUUACUAAAACUGUGCAUGAUUCUAGUCGUGCUGCGGUUCUUUAUGCUUCUGCGAUGGGUGUGAUGAGUCGCAUAGAGCACUAUGGAGCAUUGGAUUCAUCUUUUAACACUCAAAUAACAAAGAUAUUUCAGGAGAUAACAAUGCUGGAUGGUGGACCUUACAUCCAAUACGACUCCGAGCGUUCUUCACUGCCACUCAUUUCAUUUAUGUCACUGGAAGAAGCGCUAAGGAUCAGCCCCUAUGUGUUUAUUCAUGACCCAUAUCGUAAGGAUUUACUUGCGGAGAUGCGUAUACAGUGCAACCUUAUGAUGGACGAAUUUACGUCAGAAUUUUGUAAUCUCCCACCCAAAAGGCAGCCUCAGGUUUUACGUCAGAUAAAUGGGCGUAUAAAACGUCUUGAUCGUUCUCAACUCUUAUGGAUUCGCCGUACUUGUACUAUGCCAUGUAUCGAUAUGUUGUAUAUCCUGAUUGCUAUUUUCGUUGGUUGGUACAACAAAUCCAACGAAUCGACGGCGGAAACGUCGCCUAUUAUUGCAUCGGAUUUUAUGUACAACAUGCUUAGCGAUCGUAUGUCUCAGGAAUCGUUUUACGACAAGGUCAUCAUGACUCAAUUAACGCAGAAGACUUCACAAAUGCUGCUUCGUACUUAUGAUAUGAUUGCGUCGUCGAAGAUAAAAUCUCGUAAGUUCGGUACGCAGAAGGUAUUAUUUGCCACUCUCUACCCGAAACAUACAGUGGAACACUGUGAUGAGUUACGUUUCAUUGGUUAUAUAAUAUCCAUGUUACACUCUCGUGGUGACGCUUCCGAGGCUCCAUGUCGAGUCCUGAUAUUUGUUAUGAAUCCCGAUGCCAAUGGAAUAUUGGCGUAUGGUUAUUCCCCAGAGAUUAGCGGUAGCUACCCUGAUGUUUGGUCUUUGGUGUUCCGUUCUUUGGCUCAUGACGACUCGUGUUUUGUUUUCGACAUUUUGAGGCCCACGUUUUUGAGUAUUAGAUCAAUGGAUGCUAGCACGGCGAAGAACAGGAUUACUGAACGCCUCCGUAUCGCACUCGAAGCUAAGAUUAUUUCUUACUUCGCUGAUAAUCAAGAAGACACCGAAGAAGAGGCUUCCUUCGCUGGUAGUGAUGAAGAGAGCGAGGAGAGUGUAUGAAAUUACUCCCUUUAGCUCUAUUGUUUGGGCAAGCGUUAGAUUAUGAGCGUGUUGCACUUAAGCAAGACAUUAUAGA